UUCCCCGCCGCCACAACCGUUCGCCGGUCCACCGCGGUCGGUACCUGUUUCGCCGGUCGUCGUGCGCGCUGCUCCUCGCGUCUCGUAAAAACGAAUUUUCCCUCCACACCCCCUCGCCGCGGGUGCUCGCAAUUUUCCAAAAAAUUUUCCCGGUUCCCGCCGUGUUUCGCGAGAGUCUCGGUCGAGAGGUUUACCACGCCGUCCGCAGGGCCGCCGAGUGCGUGUAACUCCGCCGCCGCCGGACCAUCUGUCGUCGAAAGACCAUGGAAAUCUCCGGACAGACGACGACGUGACCCGCCGAAUCCACCGUCGCGGCCGCCGCCGCCACCACCAUGUACUCGGCGCGAAAUCGGAACGCCAUGAUCACAGACGAUACUUUUCAAAUACAAGACUGGCUGCGGUCAAACGGCAACCAUGACCGAGGUUACCCGGAGUUUGAUUACCACCAUAGGAUCCGCCCUCUUUCACCAGUUAAGAGGCACCGGAUCUCCACUAUUACCGACGGGAGAGUACCGGACCGUCGGAGACAGCUCAAGUCAAUGGAAUCGCUGUUGGGAUUGAGCGAUGAAAACUUAAAUGGCAAACAUCUGAAUUCCGAGGCUGUUACGAGAGCGUCCCCGGAUGUGCAGGACUCUUUGGAUAGGGCUUUAAUGGACUUUGAAGAGACCCUUGAGUUGGCGUUUCAGUCAAACUCUAUUGUUCCGCCACCUAGAGGAUUUUCCAAUCAAAACUUGGUUGAAGGUGAUGAAUCGAAUUUCAAUAAGCUUGACAGUAGCUUUGAGAGCAAUACAACUGGCAGUAGUGGUUAUUCUACCAAGCCUGAUCAAUCCAUGCAUCGGUCACUAAACACUUAUAACGAGCUCCAACUCAUCAGGGAACAAAUGGUGAAGAGCUUGGAGAUUAUUAAGGAUUUAGAAGAACAAGUUAAACUGGUGCCAGUGCUUAAGGCGCAGGUUUCCUCGUUGAAUUUGGAGAAACAGCGCUUAUCCUCCGAAUUAGACAAACACAAAAAAAUGGAGAACACAAAUAAGUAUGCAACAGUCGGUAGCGGAUGGUCUCUUUCGGCGUAUCCGGCUAACAAGCGCGUAGCCGUGUCCACCAAAGAGGUGGGUGUCAAUUGCGUGCCCAUGUGCCGAGACGUGGGAGUGACGACACCGUCGGCCACGUCAGUAAGCACGUCCACAAUGACAGAACUGCCUCCGUCCAGGGCUACCGUGCACACCCAGACGGACGCCGUCACCAAGCCGGCCACAGCAGUGGCGCACACCCAGACCAAGGACGCAGUAAAGCCGGCCACAACGGCGGUGCACACCCAGACCAAAGACGACGUAAAGCCGACCACCUCAGUGGUGCAUACUCAAACCGCGGCGGUGGCCGACGACCAUCCCUCCACCUUAGUGGCGUCGCCGACGGUGGUGGCCGUGACGGCCACAACGACGGCAAACGUCGGCACGCAGUCUUCCAGGCCGGCGGCCAUCAGGACGGUCACGGUCGGCGUAACAGCCAGGCCGCGGACGUACGACGCCAGCGUGGCCGCGAAACCGACGCUCAAGCACGUCGGGUGUUCGGCUGACGUAACGACGGACGCGAAACCACCGGUGACGCGCGCCACCCAGACGGACGCCAGAGACGACCGCUACAACCACAACCGCACCACGCAAACGGAAGUCGCGGCUGUUCCGGAAGUCGCAGCCGUCCGGACUAAUCCGACGGAAGCCGCUGUCACCCGGGCUAAUCCGACGGAAUCUACGGUGGCCCGGCCUAAUCACGCAACGAUCGGCCGACGGAGCAAUUCGUUCCAUCAUUACACCGUGGCCGCAACCGCCGACACGUCGCCGACCACGGUCACGUCCAAGAUACCUCGUCUGAAGCCCGUCACUCCUGAACUCAACCGGAAAGUGUUGACGAGACAGGACACGUAUACCAAGACCGCGGCUGAGAUCUGCACCGACGAUCUGCAACAGCAACCAUCAUCGUCGUCGCCACCGCAGCCGCCACGCGUGACCGAUGACGUCAGCAGAGCUAAAGAAUCAAUGUCGUCGACACCAGAACAUCAAAAUGGACUUCCAGAGUCAGAUAUGAAUUUCGAACCCAUCCGGGACGAAUUGUACAAAGAUAAUCCUAGCAAAGAAAUGAAAGCCGCGCUGAAAGUACUCAACGAUUCUCUGAAGAAAACGUCAGCCACGUUAUUGCCCAGGACCCAAUUGAAACAAGCCAUCGACAUUGUCCGAGAAGAAUGGUUCAAGGUGACGAGCUCGAGCAAUUGCGGCGGCCACCUCGUAAAGAACUAUGUCAACUGGUUCACUUCAUAUUCACCGGUUUUGCUGGAAUUCAUAAUCAACAUGACAGAUGCUGCGGGCAACACCGUACUGCAUUAUUCGAUUUCCCACGGAAAUUUCGACGUCGUGUCUACCAUACUGGAUACGGGCGUUUGCAAUGUCAACUUGACUAAUGACGCGGGUUAUUCAAGUGUCAUGCUCGUCUCGUUGGCUGACAUAAAAAACGACGACGAGAUGAAAAUCAUCACGAGACUGUUCAAAUGUGGCGAUGUCAACUUGCAGGCUAAAAAACAUGGUCAGACUACACUAAUGUUGGCAGUUUCGCACGGUAAAUCAGAAGUGGUGAAAUUACUUCUGGAGUGCGGAGCCAAUCUCAACAUGCAGGACGAAGACGGGAGUACUGCCUUAAUGUGCGCGGCCGAACACGGUCUUCAGGACAUCGUCAAUAUACUGUUGGCUUGUCCGGAAUGUGAUGUGUCCAUCGCAGAUAACGACGGAAGUACGGCACUUAGUAUUGCCAUGGAAGCUGGACACAAGGAAAUCGGGAUAGCACUAUAUGCCAAACAGCAUAUAUUGUCCCGAGAGAACUCACCGUUCAAUUUGUCGAAAUCGAAGCGGUCGAGGAGCGCGAACACCGUGAUGCCAUCUAAUAAUAUGACUUACUCGCACUUGUCGUUAAAAAAAUCGCCGAGUCUGCAGCCUAAGGAAUACGCCACUCUGUCUUCCAUGCUGAAAACUCGGAUUCCUUAACACAUACCAGUUAAAUAACAAUAAUAAUAAUACUUUUUUUUAUCAUCGACCAAUGUACCUAAGCUUGAAGUUGUUUUUAUUUUUGUAAUAAUUUUAUUAUACUGCGCCGCACGAGUCUUGCUAUAUUCUGGUGGUUUAAUAUUACCUAAUUAUGUUUUUUUGUUUUAUGAAAUAACCUAGUAAAAAAAUGUCGAAAUGUAUAACUGUGGUUAAUAAUGGUCACUGAUUAGCAUCUAAACUAUUCUUUUUUAUUGUUACAUAAUAAUAAUAUGAAUAGACUGUAUAGGUACAAUAUUAUGUAAAUGUUGUUUUGGGAAUCUCUUACAUAUGCUUACCCAUAACACAACAAUUUCAAAAACAACAAAUCUAUGCAUAUUGUUAUCGUCUAAUAUUGAAAUAAAAAAAUUAAAAUAUGAUGAACCUAA